UCGCUUUGCGUCUUCUGCCGCGUCUGGGCCUCUUUUGCUAAUACACGGAGGUUCGUCUCUCAACGCUAAAUAUUGACAAACCCCUUUUGUGAAGUACGGAAUAUGCCUAAAGGCCCCUCAUGCAGAAAUGUUGCUUCUUCUUAAGGCAGCAGAGUCGGUUGCAAGAGGUUAUAAUGUUCCCGUAGAGGAAGAACCAUCGUUGAGGGCUCAGCGGCGAAAGAAGAAAAUCAACAAGGGAAGAUGGACGAAAGAGGAGGAUGAAAAAUUAAAGGAACUUGUGGAUGAUCUUGGAACUGAUAGUUGGAAGGAGGUGGCAAAUAAUUUCCCUGAUCGCACAGAUGUUCAGUGCCUUCACAGGUGGCAGAAGGUACUAAACCCAGAGCUAGUGAAAGGUCCAUGGACUAAAGAGGAGGAUGACAAAGUUGUGGAACUUGUGCGGAAGUAUGGACCAAAACGGUGGUCACUUAUUGCUCAGCAUCUGAAAGGAAGGAUUGGAAAACAGUGUCGUGAAAGGUGGCACAAUCAUCUCAACCCACAAAUCAAGAAAUGUGCUUGGACUGAAGAUGAAGACAGGAUUAUUUAUGAAGCUCACAUUACUAUGGGCAACAAAUGGGCCGAGAUAGCAAAAUUGUUACCUGGGAGGACUGACAACUCAAUUAAGAACCACUGGAACUCAACAAUGAGAAGAAAAGUGGAAAGUGCAGGAUAUGAUCACUAUAGAAAGAUCAGAUACCAUUUGUCUGAAAAACGGUACAGCAAAGGACAUCUUCUUUCAGCAAAGAAAGAUAAAAGGAGGAGAGAGGAGACAGUUGAUCCUUCAUCUAAUGAUGAUUUACCAUCAGUGGUUGAAUACAACAGCCAUCCAGGCACUAGAAACAGAAGUAGCUCAGACUUAACAAACAUUAAACCAAAACCAACAAGUCAAGAUACUCUUCAUUCUAUGAGCAGAAAGAACAACAAUAAUGGAACAAACCCAAGCCUGAUGUCGCCCUUUAGAAAUACGUUCAUAUUGUCCCCAGAGUCUUCAGAUGCUCUGCUAGAUUCGGAUCCCUCCUCUUGGGGUGAUAUCAGCUCAUUUGACAAGGACAGUUGUGUAGGCAAGAAUUUGGCAUUGUCAAAAUUGACUUCUCCUGGAACAAGAGAAUACAGAUUUGAUGGGAAUUCUAUUGCCAGUCUUCAAACAGAUGGCGGAUCUUUAAUACCUAUUACUUCACCUGUAAUGCAGAACAGGUUUAGCACACCUCCAACUAUUCUUAGACGAGGGCGUAAAAGAAAAUCUGCUGACCAUGAUUUCAGUCACAGUGUCAAUACAGAAGUAUCUUUCAGCAGUCCUAAAGGGGCCACCCCCAUCAAGCUCUUGCCAUUCUCACCUUCGCAGUUCCUUAAUUCACCUGUAAAUUCAAGCAAAGUUCAGACGUCAACUCCAGCUUGUGAAAAAAUUCAAGUCAGUUUAACAAACACAACACUGCAUACUCCUGGUGUACUAGAAGCAAGCUCAGGGGAGGAUCCUUUCCGAACUCCACGCAUCAGAAGAACUUUAUUAUGUGUAUCUCCACGCACUCCAACACCAUUUAAAAAUGCCCUGAAAGUGUUCAAUGACACGAAAAUGGCACAUACACCAGACAAUUUUGAAGCAGAUUUCAAUGAAAUCAUGAAACGGGAGGAAGAAGAAAGUGGUGUUCACUUAUCCUGUAGUGGGGGAAAAACAUCCUCUAGAGUACGGACCUCCCUUGAGGAAAAGUAUGCCAAGAUGAGCAAAACAACAUCAGCAUCUACUGCCAAUGGAUCAGAAGAACAACCAAGUGUGAUGGAACAAGAACAAAAUUCUUCAAUUGUUGAGUGUGUUGUGGAGGAUUCUGGUGUUGUUCAGACAUCAGUUUUACCCUCACCUUCCAAGGAUUCAUCAUUUAUCAAACCUUCUGAGAUCUUUGGCCAGCAUAACCCCUUCGCCACACCUAGUUCUGUGACGUCUGAAACUGGAGUAAGUGGAAAAAACCUGGCUCAAACCACACAGGUUGAACAUUUCUUAUGCCCUAGUGCUGUGGAUUUUCAGCGGCACAGAAGGAAAGGGCAUCCCAUGCGCAUACUGCAAUUUCAAGAGACGCCACAGAAAUCAGCGCCAAAGCUUGACUCAGCAUGGGAGCAGGUAGCAUGCGGUAAAACUCCUGAUCAACAGCUACUAACUCAACAAGCUCAUCAGUUUUUUGCUAAUUACCGGCCAGCGGCACGUACACUACACUUCAAUACAACUACAGUGGCUUAAACUGGACAGUCUGGUGUGUGUCACUAAUUUGUUUUCCUCCUGUGUGAACCCCAGGGUAUCAUCAGUGAAUUAAUCUUUGAUAUUCAAAUCUAGAUAAUUUAAUAUUUUAAGGAAAAACAGAGUAAAUAACUAACCAUAUAAAGAAAAUUGUAGAAACAGAAAAACAGGUCAAACCAAAACAAUUAAUUUAAAAGCACACACCUAUAUAGCUAGAUGUAAGGAAAAAAGUUUUCACUUUUGCUACCCAUAUGUGGUUACCAGUCUUUGAUGCAAACUUCUUGACAGAAAGAUGUAGAGUUCUGGAUUUUUUUUCCUUGUGAGCACUAUGGUGAAAGUUGAAUCUAGAGAGGUGGGAAGAAAAUGUCCACUUCUUUUUUUAAAGUUGAUUUUUGAUGGAGUUCCUGCACCUCUGAAAUUGCUUGCAGUGAAGGUACUCUAACAAAAAUUAUGAUGGAUUAUGGUUACUUCAUUGUGAAAAUUUUGUGGUAGGUGGAACUUUUUGAAGGGGAAAGAGACAACAUUUUCUCUGAAGCAAAAAUGUGUGGCCAAUAAUGUAACAAGAGGUAUACAAACUGUCCACUUAAAACAAGACAUUGUUUAGUUUUUGUUUCAGUGAUACUGCGCGACAAAGUUUUUGAUAGCUUUGAAUUUAUGACUUACCGUAGAAUACACAUGAAUUAGAGGCUUCCGUAAAAUCUGGUGUCAUUUUACAUACUAUGUAUACUAAAAUGAAGCCACUGAUCAGGUGAUAAUCUGAUGAAUUCAUUGCAGUGUUGUCUGAAAUUGAACUUUUAACUGUUCAAACACUUAAUAUUAGACCCAAAGUAGAAAUAUUUUAUGUGGUGUCUUGCAAAAGUUUAUUUAGCCUGUUCAAGCUGAGAUGUAACGUCGGGGUACAUAUACAGUAUUUCCUCAUUCAUGCAGACUUGGGAAGAUC